GCACUGGCGGAACUUUCCCGACCCACAGCGGCGGGAAUAAGAGCAGUCGCUGGCGCUGGGAGGCAUCAGAGACACUGCCCAGCCCAAGUGCCGCCGCCGCUUCCACCGGGCUCUGGCUGGACGCCGCCGCCACCGCUGCCACCGCCUCUGAUUCAAGCUACCUCCCGCCAGGUGAGCCCCGAGAUUCUGGCUCAGAGAGGUGUCAUGAGCUUCCAAAAGUUCUCCCCCUUCCUGGCUCUCAGCAUCUUGGUCCUGUUGCAGGCAGGCAGCCUCCAUGCAGCACCAUUCGGGUCUGCCCUGGAGAGCAGCCCAGUAGACCCGGCCACGCUCAGUGAGGAGGAAGCGCGCCUCCUGCUGGCUGCACUGGUGCAGGACUAUGUGCAGAUGAAGGCCAGUGAGCUGGAGCAGGAGCAGGAGACAGAGAGCUCCAGCCUGGACAGCCCCAGAUCUAAGCGGUGCGGUAAUCUGAGUACUUGCAUGCUGGGCACAUACACGCAGGACUUCAACAAGUUUCACACGUUCCCCCAAACUGCAAUUGGGGUUGGAGCACCUGGAAAGAAAAGGGAUAUGUCCAGCGACUUGGAGAGAGACCAUCACCCUCAUGUUAGCGUGCCGCAGGAUGCCAACUAAACUCCUCCCUCUCCUUCCUAAUUUCCCUUCUUGCAUCCUUCCUAUAACUUGAUGCAUGUGGUUUGGUUCCUCUCUGGUGGCUCUUUGGGCUGGUAUUGGUGGCUUUCCUCGUGGCAGAGGAUGUCUCAAACUUUAGACGGGAGGAAAGAGAGCAGGACUCACAGUCUGGAAGAGAAUCACCCGGGAAAACACCAGAAAAUGAGGGCCGCUUUGAGUCCCCCAGAGAUGUCAUGAGGGCUCCUCUGUCCUGCUUCUGAAUGUGCUGAUCAUUUGAGGAAUAAAACCAUUUUUCCCCAAAGAUCUGAGCUGUGAUGGUCAUUGCUCUGAUCUAUGUCCCAGGCUUCAUAGUGUCUAAGACCUAUGCUUAGAAAUAGCCUUAACCCUAGGCUAGCUGGACAGAGGAUAUGGUGGGUGGUCCCUCUGACCAAGCUCAAGCAGCAAGAACAGGGGUCCUAAAGAGCAGGUAAGCACCUCUAGGACUUGAUGCUGCAAACUCUGCUCCUCUUCCAGGUAAGACUGGGGAAUUUUUUAUUUUCCUAAGAAGGGAUAUUUGGUGCCCGAGACUGGGGUAUAGAUUUUAUAGUCCUUUGUGAAUGGGGCUGGGUGUGGGGCCAUAAUUCACUCCAGUGUCAUAAACCUCCGCUUUGAUUUUUAGUUAGUUUAUACAGGAAAGAUUGGCUGUUACUGCUCCACUUUCCAUAGCCAGUCAUCCAGAGUCACCUUUGGGCUUUCUGACACCCCUGGGAAUAUCGAUGGGGAGUGAUCAUGGCAUUUUCCCUAAUGGCCUUUGAUUUUCUGCUCUGAUAAUUGUGUUUAGGAGAAACACUUAAAGUUAAUUGGUGCCUUUCAGCACAGCAACUUUACCA